CCUCAGGUGUCCCAGGAACUGCCGUUCCUGCACCCCAGCGAGACCAGCGUCCUGAACCGGCUCUGCCGCCUCGGCACCGACUAUAUCCGCUUCGCCGAGUUCGUGGAGCAGUACACGGGACACGUCCAGCAGCAGGAUCAUCCAUCUCAGCAAAAUCAGAGUGGAUUACAUGGCAUUUAUUUGCGAGCCUUCUGCACAGGUCUUGAUUCAGUGCUGCAGCCGUAUCGACAGGCACUACUUGACCUAGAACAAGAGUUUCUGGCUGACCCACAUCUUUCCAUCUCGCAUGUUAAUUAUUCCUUGGACCAGGUAUGUCAGGUUAAUAAACAGGUAGUGCUCUCUGGUUACUCUUAUCACUCCUUGAGUCUAAUGAGUCUGUGUGGGAUAAAUAAGGGUUAGUCUGUCACGUCAUGCCAUUUCUUUUUAACGCCUUGACAUUUGUAGUCCCUUAAUCAUACUCAGAGGAUGCCUUGCACUUCGACACAAAGCUUAGGUCCUCCACCUUGACCCUCACAUAUUCCUCACUGCCUGUGUUUAGCCUGAACUGCUGCUGAAAUAUAGU